CGGCAGGAGGAGGGGGACUGAGGAGGAGCAGGCGGCAGCAGGAGGUGGGGGAUUGAGGAGCAGGCGGCAGCAGCAGCAGCAGCAGCCGGGUUGCUAGGGAUGGAGAGAUCCCGUGUCACCCGGAUGUGAGUGUCAUGUUGGCCCAAACUCUGAGGGAUUUGGCAGCGGCGAAGCGGCGGCAGCAGCAGCAGGAGGAGGAGAAGGAGCCCCUCGCGCGUCGCUAGUCACUACCAUGGGGGUCGGGUAGCGGGGAGCGCAGGGGGCAGCGCACACCUGGCUCGGGGUGGGGGGCGUCUCUGCCCUUUUUUGGUUUUUUUCAUUGUCCUCUCACACACCGGAGAAAGUGAGAAUCAUGCACCAGCACCAGCAGCCGGAGCAGCACCCUGAAGAGGUGAACUAUGCAAGUAGCACCAGAAUUCCUCUCCCUGGUGACGGACCAGCUAUUCAGUCAAACAGUUCAGCACCACCCAAGCAAACUGUUCUGUCUUGGCAAGCUGCAAUUGAUGCUGCUAGACAAGCAAAGGCUGCCCAAAAUAUGAGUACCACCACAGCCCAGCCUGUAGGAUCUCUGUCCCAAAGAAAACGCCAGCAAUAUGCCAAGAGCAAAAAACAGGGUAAUACGUCCAAUAGUCGGCCACCCCGUGCCCUUUUCUGUUUAUCCCUCAACAACCCAAUACGAAGAGCCUGCAUUAGUCUAGUAGAAUGGAAACCAUUUGACAUAUUUAUACUACUGUCUAUUUUUGCCAAUUGUGUGGCCUUAGCUGUUUACAUCCCAUUCCCAGAAGAUGAUUCUAAUUCAACUAAUCAUAAUUUGGAAAAAGUAGAAUAUGCCUUCCUGAUAAUUUUUACAGUUGAAACAUUUUUGAAGAUUAUAGCAUAUGGAUUAUUAUUACACCCCAAUGCAUAUGUUAGAAAUGGAUGGAAUUUAUUGGAUUUUGUAAUAGUAGUAGUAGGGUUAUUUAGUGUAAUAUUGGAACAAUUAACCAAAGAAACAGAAGGUGGCAGCCACUCGGGUGGCAAACCUGGUGGCUUUGAUGUCAAAGCCCUAAGAGCCUUUCGUGUAUUGCGACCUCUCCGGCUUGUAUCAGGAGUGCCCAGUUUACAAGUUGUCCUGAACUCUAUCAUAAAAGCCAUGGUCCCCCUCCUCCAUAUUGCCCUUUUGGUAUUGUUUGUAAUCAUUAUCUAUGCUAUUAUAGGAUUGGAACUUUUUAUUGGAAAAAUGCACAAAUCUUGUUUUCUUAUUGAUUCAGAUAUACUUGUUGAAGAAGAUCCAGCACCUUGUGCAUUCUCAGGGAAUGGACGUCAGUGUGUCAUGAAUGGCACUGAAUGUAAGGGUGGAUGGGUUGGACCAAAUGGAGGCAUAACCAACUUUGAUAACUUUGCAUUUGCAAUGUUGACUGUGUUCCAGUGUAUAACCAUGGAGGGAUGGACAGAUGUGUUAUACUGGGUAAAUGAUGCAAUAGGAUGUGAAUGGCCAUGGAUCUAUUUUGUUAGUCUUAUCAUCCUUGGCUCAUUUUUCGUACUUAACCUGGUUCUUGGUGUACUUAGUGGAGAAUUUUCUAAAGAAAGGGAAAAAGCCAAGGCCCGAGGGGACUUUCAGAAGCUACGUGAAAAGCAGCAGCUUGAAGAAGAUCUGAAAGGAUAUUUAGACUGGAUUACACAAGCAGAAGACAUUGAUCCUGAGAAUGAUGAAGAGGCUGAUGAAGAAGGCAAACGGAACAGGGUUACAUUGGCUGACUUAAUGGAAGAAAAGAAGAAAAGCAGACUUAGUUGCUUUGGCCGUUCUUCCAAUAAACAUGCAAGCAUGCCCACCAGUGAAACUGAAUCAGUCAACACUGAGAAUGUGAGUGGAGAGGGAGAGAACCCAGCAUGUUGUGGGGCUUUAUGUCAAGCCAUCUCAAAAUCCAAGUUCAGUCGACGCUGGCGUCGCUGGAAUCGAUUUAAUCGAAGAAAAUGUAGAGCUGCAGUAAAAUCUGUCACAUUUUAUUGGCUUGUUAUUGUCUUGGUCUUUCUGAACACAUUAACUAUCUCAUCAGAGCAUUAUAAUCAACCUGACUGGCUGACCCAGAUCCAAGAUAUUGCAAAUAAAGUUCUUCUGGCUUUAUUCACCUGUGAAAUGUUAGUAAAGAUGUACAGCUUGGGCCUACAAGCUUAUUUUGUUUCUCUUUUUAACCGCUUUGAUUGCUUCGUGGUUUGUGGUGGCAUUGUUGAAACCAUUUUGGUGGAGUUGGAAAUUAUGUCACCCCUUGGAAUCUCAGUGUUUCGCUGUGUUCGGCUCCUGCGUAUUUUCAAAGUAACAAGGCACUGGGCAUCCCUGAGCAACUUGGUAGCAUCCUUGUUAAACUCAAUGAAGUCCAUUGCUUCACUGUUGCUUCUGCUUUUCCUCUUCAUCAUAAUCUUCUCGUUGCUUGGAAUGCAGCUGUUUGGAGGCAAAUUUAAUUUUGAUGAAACUCAAACCAAACGGAGCACCUUCGAUAAUUUUCCACAAGCUCUUUUAACUGUAUUCCAGAUUCUUACAGGUGAAGACUGGAAUGCUGUUAUGUAUGAUGGCAUAAUGGCAUAUGGUGGCCCAUCAUCAUCAGGCAUGAUAGUCUGUAUAUAUUUCAUUAUCCUCUUCAUCUGUGGUAACUAUAUCUUGCUAAAUGUCUUCUUGGCUAUUGCUGUGGAUAACUUGGCAGAUGCUGAGAGUCUGAAUACAGCUCAGAAAGAAGAAGCUGAAGAAAAGGAAAGGAAAAAGAAUGCGAGGAAGGAGAGUCUUGAAAAUAAAAAAAGCGAGAAGUUGGAAGGUGACCAAAAGAAGCCCAAGGAUAGUAAGGUGACAAUCACUGGCUAUGGAGAAGGAGAGGAUGAGGAUAAAGAUCCAUAUCCACCCUGUGAUGUACCAGUAGGUGAAGAUGAAGAAGAUGAGGAGGAUGAACCAGAAGUACCAGCAGGCCCACGUCCCCGUAGGAUUUCAGAACUAAAUAUGAAGGAGAAGAUAACCCCAAUCCCUGAAGGGAGUGCCUUCUUCAUUUUCAGCAGCACCAACCCAAUUCGAGUGGGGUGCCACAGACUCAUCAACCACCACAUCUUUACCAAUCUCAUCCUUGUCUUCAUCAUGCUGAGCAGUGUUUCCCUAGCUGCAGAGGAUCCGAUUCGCAGCCACUCUUUUAGAAAUAAUAUCCUAGGGUAUGCAGAUUAUGUCUUCACUAGUAUGUUUACAUUUGAGAUCAUUUUGAAGAUGACAGCUUUUGGAGCAUUCCUUCAUAAAGGGUCCUUCUGCAGGAAUUAUUUUAAUUUGCUGGAUUUGCUGGUUGUGGGUGUUUCUCUGGUAUCGUUUGGUAUUCAAUCAAGUGCUAUCUCAGUUGUGAAGAUCCUCAGAGUUCUACGAGUCUUGAGGCCUCUAAGGGCAAUAAACAGAGCAAAAGGACUUAAGCAUGUUGUUCAAUGUGUUUUUGUGGCUAUCAGAACCAUUGGUAAUAUCAUGAUUGUUACAACUCUGCUGCAGUUCAUGUUUGCCUGUAUUGGAGUGCAGCUGUUCAAGGGAAAAUUCUACAGGUGCACUGAUGAGGCAAAGCAGAAUCCUGAGGAAUGCCGAGGGAUCUACAUCGUUUAUAAAGAUGGAGAUGUUGAUAACCCAAUGGUCAAGGAGAGGGUCUGGCAAAACAGUGAUUUCAACUUUGAUAACGUUCUGUCUGCUAUGAUGGCCCUGUUUACAGUAUCCACUUUUGAAGGCUGGCCAGCGCUACUAUACAAAGCCAUUGAUUCAAAUGGUGAAAAUAUGGGACCUGUAUACAACUACAGAGUGGAGAUCUCCAUUUUUUUCAUCAUCUACAUCAUCAUUAUUGCUUUCUUUAUGAUGAACAUAUUUGUUGGUUUUGUGAUUGUUACAUUCCAAGAACAGGGGGAACAAGAGUAUAAGAACUGUGAGCUGGACAAAAAUCAGCGUCAGUGUGUUGAAUAUGCCUUGAAGGCACGUCCUCUGCGUAGAUAUAUUCCAAAAAACCCUUACCAGUACAAGUUCUGGUAUGUGGUGAAUUCUACAGGAUUUGAAUACAUCAUGUUUGUCCUCAUCAUGCUGAACACUCUUUGCUUGGCUAUGCAGCACUAUGGACAGUCUAAGCUUUUUAAUGAUGCCAUGGACAUAAUGAAUAUGGUUUUCACUGGAGUGUUCACUGUUGAAAUGGUUUUGAAGCUGAUUGCAUUCAAACCCAAGAUUUUUGUAAGGAAAAAGGAAAGAUGGCUAGGCUAUUUUAGUGAUGCCUGGAAUACGUUUGACUCCCUCAUCGUUAUUGGCAGCAUAGUAGACGUCGUUCUCAGUGAAGCUGAUCCAAAGCCAACUGAAACAGUCACAACUGAUGAGUCUGGGAACUCUGAAGACAGCGCUAGAAUUUCCAUCACUUUUUUCCGUCUCUUCCGAGUGAUGAGGUUGGUGAAGCUCCUUAGCAGAGGAGAAGGAAUCAGAACUUUACUGUGGACAUUUAUUAAGUCAUUUCAGGCUCUGCCUUACGUUGCCCUUCUGAUAGCCAUGCUGUUCUUCAUUUAUGCUGUCAUUGGAAUGCAGAUAUUUGGAAAAGUGGCCAUGAGGGACAACAAUCAAAUAAAUAGGAACAACAACUUUCAGACGUUCCCCCAAGCUGUGCUGCUUCUCUUCAGGUGUGCAACUGGGGAAGCCUGGCAGGAAAUCAUGUUGGCAUGUUUGCCUGGAAAACGCUGUGAUCCGGAAUCUGAUUAUAAUCCAGGAGAAGAAUACACUUGUGGAAGCAAUUUUGCCAUCAUUUAUUUUAUCAGUUUUUACAUGCUUUGUGCAUUUUUGAUUAUAAACUUAUUUGUGGCUGUCAUUAUGGACAAUUUUGAUUAUUUGACACGUGACUGGUCUAUUCUGGGUCCCCAUCAUUUGGAUGAGUUCAAAAGAAUAUGGUCAGAAUAUGACCCUGAAGCCAAGGGAAGGAUAAAGCAUCUUGAUGUGGUUACGUUGCUGAGACGCAUUCAGCCACCACUUGGUUUUGGUAAAUUAUGCCCUCACCGAGUAGCCUGCAAGAGGUUAGUAGCCAUGAAUAUGCCACUAAACAGUGAUGGAACUGUGAUGUUCAAUGCUACUUUGUUUGCUUUGGUUAGGACUGCUCUAAAAAUAAAAACAGAAGGUAAUCUGGAGCAAGCAAAUGAAGAACUUAGAGCGGUUAUAAAGAAAAUAUGGAAGAAAACAAGCAUGAAAUUACUUGACCAAAUUGUCCCUCCGGCUGGCGAUGAUGAGGUAACCGUGGGGAAGUUCUAUGCCACCUUCCUGAUACAGGACUACUUUAGGAAAUUCAAGAAACGUAAAGAACAAGGACUGGUGGGGAAAUAUCCUGCGAAGAAUACCACGAUUGCUCUGCAGGCAGGACUAAGGACACUUCAUGAUAUUGGCCCUGAAAUACGCCGAGCUAUAUCCUGUGACUUGCAAGAUGAUGAACCAGAGGAAAACAAUCCAGAGGAGGAGGAAGAUGUUUAUAAAAGGAAUGGGGCCCUCUUUGGCAACCACAUAAACCAUAGCAGUGACAGACGAGAUUCAUUUCAGCAGAUCAACACCACACACCGUCCCUUACAUGUUCAGAGGCCUUCAAUUCCAUCUGCAAGUGAUACUGAGAAAAUAUAUAUUCUCGGCAGGAAAUUCAUAUACCACAACCACCAUAAUCACAACUCGGUAGGAAAGCAAGCAAACUCAACAAAUGCCAAUCUCAAUAUGCCAACAUGUCCAAAGUUGUUCAUGGAAACACUCAAGUUUGGAAGUCGUCAGCACAGAUCUGAAAAUGGUUACCAUUCCUACUCCAGAACGGAUCAUGAGAAGCGCAGAAGGCCAAGCAAUAGGAGAACACGCUACUAUGAAACAUAUAUACGGUCUGACUCUGGUGAUGGGCGUCGACCUACUAUUUGCCGUGAAGAACAUGAAAUUCAAGACUAUUGCAAUGAUGAUCAUACCUGGAGAGCAGGAUACUUCAGUGGAGAAGUAUAUGAGGAAGACAGGAUGUUGUCAGGGAGCAGGUGGAUUUACUUUCUAGCAAAACCAGAGUUGGAUUUCAUUCUGAUGAUGGUAGUAGCCAGGAGUCACACAAAUAGACGAUCUUCCUUUAACUUUGAAUGUCUGCGUCGACAAAGCAGUCAAGAAGAUAUACUCUCUCCUAAUUUCCACCAUCGCACUGCUUUACCACUGCAUUUAAUGCAACAGCAGGUCAUGGCUGUUGCAGGUUUGGAUUCCAGCAAAGCUCAUAAACAUUCACCAAGUCGUUCAACACGUUCCUGGGCUACCCCCCCUGCAACCCCUCCCAACAGGGACCGUACUCCGUAUUACACACCUCUCAUCCAGAUCGACAGGGCUGUCACAGAACAGAUGAAUGGCAGUCUGCCUUCCUUGCACAGGAGCUCCUGGUACACAGAUGAUCCUGAUAUUUCCUGAACAUUUACACCAGCCAAUUUAACUGCUAAUGACUUUAGGCAUAAACACAGUGACAAACAGAGGAGCGCAGACAGCUUGGUAGAAGCGGUACUUAUAUCUGAAGUAGGAAGGUAUGCAAAGGACCCUAAAUUUGUCUCAGCUACAAAGCAUGAGAUUGCUGAUGCAUGUGACAUGACUAUCGAUGAGAUGGAAAGUGCGGCAAGCAAUCUUCUCAAUGGAAAUAUUAGCAAUGGGACCAGGGACAUGUUUCCCAUUUUAAGCAGACAAGAUUAUGAACUUCAAGAUUUUGGUCCUGGCUACAGUGAUGAAGAACCAGAAGGACGAUAUGAAGAAGUAGCAGAUGAAAUGAUAUGCAUUACGAGCUUGUAG